GAAAAAUAUGAAAUUCCAGAAAAAUAAAAACUAGUUAAAAAGAACCAUCAAGCUUAACAUAUAAGCAAAAGUUGACCAGAACGCGCCCGGGGUUUACUGCUUACUGGUAGGUAGUCUGAAGGCGGGUUUACUCUUCACUCUUACCUCGAUUUUUGAACUUUCACAACACAAAUUAAAUGCUGAUCUCUUUCGAUUUCGCCUGAAAUCUCCUCCGCCGGCACCGUCACCGCCGUCGCCAUGGCCAAGCUCAAGUCUCGCAUCGCCGUCGAGCCCUUCGCUCACUUCGACCUCCCGACCCACCACCUUUCUAUCAGCACCCUCUCUCUAUCCCAAUCCACCCUCUACGUCGGCACACGAAACGGUUCCCUCCUUUUACUCUCCCUAAACCCCACCCCCACCCCCACCCCCACCCCUACUCCAACUCCAAAUCCACCUCCAAUCGAAUCUGUUUCUUUAGCUUCCCUUUCCCGGAACGUUUCUCUUCUCCGCACUGUUUCCGUUUCCGGCUCUCCUGUGGAAUCAAUAUUCGUGCUCUCCGAGAUCGGUGCCGUUUUAGUAUUAUCAGAUGGGUUCUUGUUUAUAACGGAUUCGCUCUUGAUUCAUCCGGUUAAAAAAUUAGGUGGUUUAAAAGGAGUUAGCGUUAUUGCUCGUAGGUUCCGAGGAACCCAUUCACAAAGCACCGAUUUAACCGAUAAUACUUCGAAUUCAUCAAAAGGGCAACGGAUUUUGGAUAAAUUCGGACGUGUUAGGACGAAUGGUGUGAAAUCAAAGGAUUUAGAGCAAAACCGAGAAGGUAAUUACGUUUUUGCCCUUGUUAUUGGUAAGAAAUUGAUGUUAAUAGAGCUUGUUUUAAGCAGCGAUUUAGCAAAUGCUUCUUUUGUGAUCCUAAGAGAAAUGCAAUGCUUUGAUGGAGUGAAGUCUAUGGUAUGGCUUGAUGAUUCCAUAAUUGUCGGUACAAUUAAUGGGUAUAGUUUGUUUUCGUGUGUUACCGGGCAAAGUGGGGUGAUUUUUUCAUUACCUGAUUUAUCUAGGCCGCCACUGUUGAAGCUUUUGUGGAGAAAUUGGGAGGUUUUGUUGUUAGUGGACAAUGUAGGCGUGAUUGUUGAUGCUCUUGGGCAGCCAGUUGGUGGGAGCUUGGUGUUUCGUAAGGGUGGCCCCGAUUCAAUUGGGGACUUGUCAUCGUAUGUAGUGGUUGUAAGGGAUGGAAAGAUGGAUCUGUACCAUAAGAAAUCGGGUAAUUGCAUUCAAACAUUAACUUUUGGUGUUGAAGGAGUUGGGCAGUGUAUUGUUGCUGAUGAGGAAAACAGGAGUGGGGAAUUUGCUGCUGUUGCUACUCCUACAAAGGUUAUUUGCUACCGGAAAGUUCCUUCAGAAGAACAAAUAAAAGAUCUGUUGAGAAAAAAGAAUUUCAAUGAAGCUAUCUCCUUGGUGGAAGAGCUUGAGUGUGAAGGUGAAUUGUCUAAGGAAGUGCUUUCCCUUUUUCAUGCUCAAGUGGGUUUCCUGUUGCUUUUUGACUUGCACUUUAAGGAAGCAGUGGAUCACUUUUUGCGGUCAGAAACCAUGCAGCCUUCUGAAGUGUUUCCAUUUAUAAUGCGAGACCCUAACCGUUGGUCACUCCUGGUUCCUAGAAACCGGUAUUGGGGUUUACAUCCUCCUCCUGUACCUCUCGAAGAUGUUGUGGAUGAUGGAUUGUUGGCUAUUCAAAGGGCUAUCUUCCUUAGAAAAGCAGGUGUAGAAACUGUGGUUGAUGAACGUUUUCUAUCAAAUCCACCAACCAGGGCUGAAUUGCUGGAGUCUGCAAUUAAGAACAUUAUCAGGUAUCUAGAGGUGUCUCGUCAGAAAGAUUUGACUUUGGCAGUGAAGGAGGGGGUUGAUACCCUUCUAAUGUACUUAUAUAGAGCUCUAAAUUAUGUUGAUGAUAUGGAGAAGCUGGCAUCUUCUGAGAAUUAUUGUAUUGUGGAGGAAUUAGAAACUUUAUUAGAUGGCUCUGGGCAUUUGCGGGCACUUGCCUUCCUAUAUGCUAGUAAAGGGAUGAGCUCAAAGGCUCUUGCUAUUUGGCGCAUCUUGGCAAGAAAUUAUUCCUCUGGUCUCUGGAAAGACCUUGCUGUGGAAAAUGGCAUGCAUGAUGGUGCAUGUGUAACAUCCGGUAGAGAGACUGCUGCAACUGAGGCAUCAAAUAUUCUUGAGGACUCAUCUGACCAGGAUUUGGUUCUGCAGCAUCUUGCAUGGAUUGCAGAUUUAAACCCAGCACUUGCUGUACGCAUUUUGACAUCAGAGAAAAGAACAAAUCAGCUUUCACCAGAUGAAGUGAUUGCAGCAAUUGAUCCAAAGAAGGUUGAGAUUCUCCAAUGCUAUCUCCAGUGGUUAAUCGAAGAGCAAGACUCUGAUGACACUCGGCUCCAUACUCUCUAUGCUCUUUCUCUUGCCAAGUCGGCUAUUGAAUCCUUUAAUUCAGAAAGCAGCUCCCAGAGCCCUGAUACUGGAAGGCAAGAGCAUUUGAAAACCCCUGAUAUUCAAAGAGAAUCACUCAUUCAAAGUCCUGUGCGGGACCGAUUGCAGAUAUUUUUACAGUCUUCAGAUUUGUAUGAUCCAGAAGAGGUCCUUGAUUUGAUACAAGACUCAGAGUUAUGGUUAGAAAAGGCUAUUCUAUACAGAAAAUUGGGACAAGAGUCAUUGGUCCUCCAAAUCUUAGCCCUGAAACUGGAGGAUAGUGAAGCAGCAGAACAGUAUUGUGCUGAGAUUGGCCGACCAGAUGCUUAUAUGCAGCUACUUGAUAUGUAUUUGGAUCCACAAGAUGGUAAAGAGCCUAUGUUUAAGGCUGCUGUUCGCCUUCUCCACAAUCGUGGAGAAUCACUGGACCCUCUGCAAGUAUUAGAGACACUGUCCCCUGACAUGCCUCUCCAGCUUGCAUCAGAGACAAUAUUGAGGAUGUUGAGAGCUCGACUUCAUCACCACCGUCAAGGACAAAUUGUGCGUUACCUAUCACGUGCCGUACACAUAGACGCAAGGCUUGCAAGAUUGGAAGAGAGAUCACGGCUUGUGCAGAUUAAUGAUGAGAGCCUUUGCGAUUCUUGCCAUGCUCGCCUUGGAACCAAGCUUUUUGCCAUGUAUCCAGAUGAUACAGUUGUCUGUUACAAGUGUUUCCGUCGUCAAGGCGAGUCAACGUCUGUAACUGGUCGUGAUUUUAAGCAAGAUGUCUUAUUCAAACCCGGUUGGCUGGUUACCCGCUAAGCCACCAGAAGUUAAUGUCAGGUCGAAGAGCUGGGCGAAGAAGCUAUGGGUCUCCCCUUAUUUCCUUUGCUUCAGUCAUGUAUAAAACUUCAUCGCUAGCUUUUUGACAGAUUUCUGUGCACCUUAAAACCACGAGGGUGACACUCCUUUUAUUUUUAAGGCCCUUUUAUGACAUCCCCGUUUUUUCUCUAUUA